GUGUCCGAAGUGUCUCGGAAUAACCCGAGAAUAUCGAUUUUCAAUUUCGAUAACCACAAAUUCUAAACGACCGUUUCUGUAAAUAGUCUCGUUCCCCCUUCGUAGAUGUCGUUAUUAUCGUCCUUUCGAGCACUCCCUCCGCGCACCCGCGCAAUGAUAGGCGCAAGCUUCAUUGCUUGGGGUACAAUCGGUCUCUUUUUGUCCGAUACGGCAGAAAAGAAGCUUGGCUUUGAACCCACAGAGCAGGAUAAAGCAAAUAUGCCUAAGUUUACGGUGGUUGAGAAGGAGAGCUGAAAUUGUUGUGAGGAUGGAUGUUUUGCAGACCAAGUAAACAGUGGCACAGCGCAGCAGAGAGAGACGAAUCGAAUUUGAAACAAUAAUUGGAGCUUAAAAGGUGUCUAUACAGCUGGAGACCUUAGAGGAAUUAUGGACAAUUAUG